GAUAGAGUAUGGUGGUACUAUUUGGAUAGGGUAUGUAAUAUUUGGAUAGAGUAUGGUGGUACUAUUUGGAUAGGGUAUGUAAUAUUUGGAUAGAGUAUGGCGGUAUUAUUUGGAUAGGGUAUGUAAUAUUUGGAUAGAGUAUGGCGGUAUUAUUUGGAUAGGGUAUGUACUAUUUGGAUAGAGUAUGGUGGUAUUAUUUGAAUAGGAUAUGUAAUAUUUGGAUAGAGUAUGGUGGUAUUAUUUGAAUAGGGUAUGUAAUAUUUGGAUAGGGUAUGGCGGUAUUAUUUGAAUAGGGUAUGUAAUAUUUGGAUAGGGUAUGUAAUAUUUGGAUAGAGUAUGGUGCUACUAUUUGGAUAGGGUAUGUACUAUUUGGAUAGUGUAUGGCGGUAUUAUUUGAAUAGGAUAUGUAAUAUUUGGAUAGAGUAUGGUGGUAUUAUUUGGAUAGGGUAUGUAAUAUUUCGAUAGAGUAUGGCGGUAUUAUUUGAAUAGGGUAUGUAAUAUUUGGAUAAGGUGUGGCGGUAUUAUUUAGGCAUCCUAUGGCAGUUAUAUUGGAAACCCCCAAAUAUAGUGAUGUGCAGGUGUCACCUGCUCUCGGUUGCUAAGCAGCAGUCUGAUACUCAAGGGGUUUAUUCCCUUCAAUAGGCAACAAAAAGGCAUCAAUUGACGCAGACGCCCAUAAAGCGCCCGCGUAUGUAUUGUCUGCGCACAGUUUUGCCCCCUAGUUGCCCUUAUGUACCACAAGGGACAGGACGUGUUUGCUGUCAUCGCUGCUGCGCAUGCGUACAUCAAGCACUAGUUACGGUAGCGCGCUCGGACGUAGGCAGCGCGCAGCAUUCUCUGUAUUGAUGCGCAUGCGCACACCAGGACUGACUUUACGGUAGCGCGCUCGGACGUCGGCAGCGCGCAGCAUUCUCUGUAUUGAUGCGCAUGCGCACACCAGGACUGACUUUACGGUAGCGCGCUCGGACGUCGGCAGCGCGCAGUGAGAGGUCGGGCAGGAGAAGCGGGGUAACGGGGCCAUGCCGAGCGCUAUAUACGGGGACACGGUGUGAUCCGGAGCCACACACGGCCGCGUCAUGUCCCAGAGGAGAGGUGCCCGCUAUCAGAGCUGCUCCCCGGCAGUCAGCUGUAGUCGUCUGCGGAAAAUACAAGAAAUCCUCACGAAAUCCAGCAAAUCCUCUCCAGACGGCCUCCUGUGUAUACUAGGGAUUGACAGCCGAUACAAUGAAGGAUGCAGGGAGCUGGCCAACUAUCUGCUCUUCGACCUGUACAGCCAGAGAAACGUUGGGUUUGAGAAGACCGGCUUUCCAGAAGAAGUCCUCGAUGAUGUCAUAAUCCUGAUAAAAUCGGACAGCGUCCACCUGUACUGUAACCCUGUGAACUACUCCUACCUGCUGCCGUAUGUGAGCUGCUGGAGGAACCUGCACGUCCACUGUAUGACCCAAAACGAGUAUGAAGAUGAAGAAGCGGCAGAAGAAUUUAAAAUUGCAAGUUUUGUCAACAUGGUGCGAGACUGCAGCCGCAUAGGGAUCCCUUACAGCACCCAAGGUCACCUGCAGACAUUCGACAUGUUCAUAGUGGAGAAGUGGCCCAUUGUGCAGGCGUUUGCAUUAGAGGGCAUCGGGGGCGGCGGGUUCUUCACCAUGAAGUACGAGCUGAUGGACGUGAGCGAGUCUCUGUGGACAGUGUACAGCAUCACGGACCCCGUGUCUCUAGAGUCGCUGCUAAUGGAGGACUUGGUAACAUUUCAGCACCAGUGGAGCGGUUUCCUGUCAAACUUUGAGACGGAGAUUCCUUUCCUCCUGGAAUUAUCGGAGUCACAAGCAGGAGAGCCGUUCAGGAGUUAUUUCAGCCAUGGGAUGCUCUCCAGCCAUAUAACAGAUAACAGUCCUUGUAGACAGCCCUUUGUGCUAUUCGGCAGUCAUUCCACCAAAGAGAAUCUGAAACCCGGCAACUUUAUAUUUCCAUCAGAAGGACAUCUUGUCAGGAACACGGGUCCUGGAGGCAGCACAGCCAAGCACAUGGUGGCACAGUGCGUCUCUCCUAAAGGGCCCCUAGCCUGCUCCAGGACCUACUUCUUUGGGGCCACCCAUGUUCCCUAUUUGGGUCAUGACAAUGAAACUUACAAGAAAAAUGAGCAAAUCACCCUCCUGUCUCAGAUCUACACUGCUGUGGUGGAGGCCGUUCUCGCGGGAAUCACAAGCUUUGUCAAGUGUUCCAGCUUUACCAAGGCAAAGGAAGUGGCGGAGCACAGUCUGUGGAUGCUGCUGGACUCCUUUAAUCUUGUUCAGAUGAAAGCUGCUCUCAGGUCCAAAGUAUCAUUUCAGAUUGAAGCUGUGAAUAGUCUCGGCAGGAUUGUCCCAUUGGAUCACGACAAUAGUACAAACUUAAUAAAAACUGCAUCCAUGACCGUCUAUGACAUUCCUGACCUGCAAGGCGGAAGAGGAAACUUAGGAUCCAUCGUCUUCUCCGAAUCUUUCUUGAAGUCGGACAUUCUUGUUAGAGACAAAGAUGGAGCGCCGCUCACUUCAGACAGCGAUUACAUCAUCUUGACCGCCGCUGUGCCUCGCGUGUUGUCAUGGCUGGUGGAAGAAAAUGAAGUCAAACUUUCUGAAAAAGCUGUGAAUACUGUGAAGGAACAGGAAUCAUUUCUCGGGAGCUUCCUGUCCGGCGGUGAUGGGGCGUACGUGUGUUCCAGUAGCCAUCACUUUGCACCUGAAGAAGGUAAAUUGUAUUUCUUCUCUAACGGCGUCCUGUUUGUUCAUCCGAAUCAUGGGAGCGUCACCAUAUCGAGGAGUCACAUGACCGCUGCAAAGUUUUAUGACGGGGACUCCAGCAGUGCCACCGCCGUCCUGCUCAUCGACUAUAACCAUUCCCUCCUCCCCCACUUGCCCCUGCACCUCAUCACUCCCGGAAACUUCAUCGCAUUCGCACUUUUCCCGAAGUCCAAGAGCUACCGGGGCUUCUACUCACAGGUGCUGAAGUCAUGGCAGGGGCAGAUGGAGAGUUCUAGAAUACCCUUUCAGCUCAUCCAGGAACACCAGCUCUCUGAGGAGCAAAGUAAAAUUUACUUGAACAUGCAGGGUCUCUAUGAGACGUUGUCCUACUCCAGCACUGAAAGGUGGAGCCACCGAAAACUGAUCCCCACCAACCUCCCGGGACUGGAGAGCUUCUUGCAGCACCUGGCGGUCAGCAGUGUGGGCCGAGAACCUGUCCCCAGGACACAUCUGCCGUCACUGCUCCAUCACCCGGAGACCAUCGCCGGAGACCAAGCUCCAAACGACAAGGUGGCGAUAAACAUCAUCACUGGGCUCCCUGGAAGUCAUUGCAAUGACCUGUGCGAUUUCCUGGUGUCGUUCCAGAAGGAAUACGGAAGGUGGACAAAGCGUCACUUGGAUCCUCUUCCUGAGGGAUAUUUCUACAAUGGCACGCAGUUUGUGAAUUUCCUUGGAGAGAAGAUGGAUUGUCAUCCUUUGAUGGAUCAGUUCAUAUACGAUUAUGUCAUCGAAGCAAACAAAGAGAUCGAGAAAUACAACCGGGAGCUGGAGCAGCAGGAGUAUUACGACGUCUUUGGACAGAAGCAGUGAGCGCUCCGCCGUCUCGAUGAUGUAGCGUUCGGCAUUAGCGGCCAUUAGUGAAAUGACUGCAGAACCACAAUAACCAUCUGUGAGCGGCGUCUCCCUCCUGUUUACAUGCCAUUAGUCUUCUCCUACAAUCUGCUUCUUAUUCGGGGGACGGGAGGGAGGAGUGGUAACUCAAUUUGCACCUUAUGCAUUCAGUUUGUUUUCCCUUAUGGCCUCCAGAGCUGGUUGCCAGACUCAUGUCAGAUUGUAAAGCUCCACGUAGUGAAUAUGGGCCUAGCCGAGCCGGCAGCUGGGUGUCAGGCCUAGAUAUACUGUCCUCUGUGCCACCCUUUAUUAGAAGUGAAUGUAGAAAGUCGUGCACUUAUCUCGGUCCCCAUUCACUUCUUUUGGUUGGAUGAGGCGGUCAUAGUCUUCCAUUAUAGGCUGCGGCUAUAGUUUUUUGCCUUGGUCUUAUCCCAGGUUCCUAUACUACAUCCCAUUCCUAUCAAUGGUGAUAGUAGCCGCAUAGACCAGUGCUUGGCCCCCAUCCCUCCCCCCCCCCGACAUACUAAUGCUAAGAUCCACCAAUAUUCAUGGUGUGAGCACUUGGAACGGGGAAAACCGAAGCCCCGGAUGCCCAAAAGUCUUGGCGUUACGUAAAUGUCGGUUUCAUGUUACAGUAUUGAAUUUGUUCUUUAUGAUAGGAUUUUAUAAGCCAUUCUGAUUCAGCAAUACAGGGGGAAGGAUUGCGUUGUCUUUACUUUCCCUACUCAACGUGCCGUAACAUUAGUGGCAGCCAUGUAUUGGGUGGAGCCAACAUUCCCGUCAUUUCACCCCCAAC